UGACCCGGCAUCAGUCCAUUCAGUCUGCAUCAACAUAUGGUUCUGAACUGAAUGAAACGUAUACAGAUCGUAUACAAUUCGGCGAUAAUUUAACAAUUCAAUCGGUCAUUUCACUUUCAUUCAUUGAAUGCUCUUUGCAUUUGUCGUAAUUUUUAAUUAAAAGUGAUCAUGCCGAAUAUUAUCGCUAUUCUUGUGUGUGUUGUGGUAGUAACAAGUUUCGUUCAAUGUCAAUUCUUAAUCAAGGCAGAUGUAACGGAAGAGAAUGAUUCGCCGAUUAUUGGUGUCUUAACACAGGAGAUUUCCUAUCAUUUAAAUUCAAAGUGGCCGGGCGAGUUUAAGAGUUAUAUUGCUGCGUCGUAUGUUAAAUUUGUUGAAGGAGGAGGGGCAAGAGUCGUACCGAUAUGGAUCGACCGACCAAAGUCCUACUACGAGGGUAUUAUGUCAAAAAUUAAUGGAGUUCUGUUUCCCGGUGGAGCGACCUGGUUUAACCAGACAAAUGGCUACUCGGAAGCAGGACGACACAUUUAUGACAUAGCUAUGGAUAUGAAUGAUCGUGGUGAAUACAUGCCAAUAUUUGGAACGUGUUUGGGUUUCGAACUUUUGACAUAUUUAUCCGCUAACAGUUCUGAGCUUCGUGAGAAUUGUUACUCGGAUAGACAAGCAUUGCAUUUGGAAUUUGAAGAAGAUUUCAGAAACAGCAAACUAUUCGGGUCGUGUCCUGACGACAUUGUGCAGAUAUUGUCGUCAGAACCGGUUACAGCAAAUUUUCACCAAUUUUGUGUUACAAAAAAGAAUCUAACGCUAUUUGGAAUCGAUGAAGAGUGGAAAGUGUUGUCUGAAAACAAUGAUUUCAAUGGCCAAAGAUUCAUAUCAUCAUACGAGCACGUCAGAUAUCCAUUUUAUGGCAUUCAGUUUCAUCCAGAGAAAAAUAUCUACGAAUGGAUUAUCAAUCGUAACAUAUCGCAUACGCCCAAUGCGAUCAAAGCUGCACAAUAUUUCGCAUAUUUUUUCGUGGACGAGGCACGCAAAAACUUCAAUUCAUUUGAUAGUGUCGACGAGGAAAACUCAAUGCUCAUUUACAAUUACCAGACAAAUUUCACAGCGCUUGUAAAGUCAGCUUUCGAACAAUGCUACUUGUUUGAUAGUGAAACGGACUACAUUCCAAUCGGUAAAGAAACAUUGAAUGAAUCCAGUUCUGCAUGCUUCGGGAUAACUAUUAAUUACGGAUUAACUGCUACUAUCGUCGCCAUUUAUACGCUCAUGACAGUUUACUAAAAGUUUAUUGCAUGAAUUUUACUAACAAAAUACAUUAAAAUUGAAAAAGAAA